UGGGUUAGCCUCAUUUUUCCUAUCUUUCGAUGUCACUAACAGCUAAUCCAUCAGCUGCUGAUUUUGCCGCAUCUGGUGGUGCAUCGUCGCAUACGUUGACAAAUUGCUGCAAAGACCGUCUGAUCUUCAAGAUAAAAAGUUCUAAUAACACUAGCUAUCGGGUCAAUCCUGUAUUUGGGAUUCUUGGACCCGGUGCGAAAACGACGGUGGAAAUCACUCGCCAAGGUGGACCAGUCAAGGAGGAUAAAAUUGUGGUGAAUUAUGCUCAGGCGCCUACAGACGCUACUGAUGCACAAGUUGCAUAUCGUACAGCAGAAACCAUUGGAAAUAUCACAAUUCCUAUUUUUGUUAAAUAGUAAUGAGAAUGAAG